GUAAUGUGCAGUGUAGAAAGUUUCUCACUCUGUCAGGUUAACUAGCUACAGUUGGAGCUCUCUAUAUAGCUUUAGAGAGCCUGACAGAGAGUUUCUGUGUUGUUCUGUAAGGGCCCACAGCUUAAGAACUUGACAGUGAGUGCACGUCUGACGGCUACAUGUAGGUUGCAGCUCGCUAUAAAGACUCUACCUACUCCUCUGUAAAUGGGGCAUGUGAAACAGGCAGGUAAUUUGUGUCAGAAUGGCGUGGCACAGGCUACUGGACUAUGCACCAGAGUAAAAGACCUAAAGUCUCAUCGAACAUGGAUUUUCUGAAGAGCCUGGUUCCAGCUGUGAUCUCAGGUGAGGGAUCUGCUGAACAUGGGGGAACUGAACCCAGGGAGCCAGGCCCACGGCUUCUCCGGGUGAAAAGACUGGGCCUGCUAACCAUGGGACAGACCAUUGAAGAAGAUCCGGUAGAUCCGGUUACAAAGGUAGAUGCUGGGAUAGGCUCCUCCAGACAUGCUCGCAGUAACCAUACCCGCCUUAAAGGAAACAUCCAUCAUAUUAAAAAAGUCUCCUUUUUGAACCAUGCUGGUGAUGGCAGGGGUCACAAUGCUUCUGCACCAGUCAGCAGCAGCGUGAGUAGACGCCGUGCACCCUCCUCGGUGACUCCCCUCUCGUGGGAGAAACACAACAUCGCCGCCAUGUCGAGCAUCACCAUUGACCCUGAGCUCAAGCCCGGGGAGUUUGUCAUCAAGAGUCUAUUUGCUGAGUUUGCUGUGCUGGCUGAGAAGAAGAUCGAGAUGGUGAUGGCUGAACCGCUGGAGAAACCCCUGUCCCGUUCCCUCCAGAGAGGAGAAGACCCACAGUUUGACCAGUUAAUAAGCUCUAUGAGCUCAAUAGCAGAACACUGUUUGCCCUCCCUAUUGCGCACACUGUUUGACUGGUACCGGCGGCAGAGUGGCACUGAAGACGAGUCUUAUGAGUACAGGCCUCGCUCGAGUACUAAGUCUAAAGGAGAUGAACAGCAUCGGGACAAAGAUUACCUUCUGGAGCGCCGGGACUUAGCCAUAGAUUUCAUUUUUUGUUUAGUUUCAGUGGAAGUUCUAAAACAGAUUCCUCUUCAUCCAGUGCCAGAUGUUUUGGUACACGAAGUCCUAAACCUGGCAUUCAAGCACUUUAAACACAAAGAGGGGUACUGUGGACCCAACACUGGCAACGUGCACAUCAUUGCAGACCUGUAUGCUGAGGUUAUAGGGGUUCUUACACAGUCAAAGUUCCAGGCAGUGAGGAAGAAGUUCAUCACAGAACUGAAGGAGCUGAGGCAAAAAGAGCAGAGUCCUCACGUAGUCCAAAGCAUUAUCAGUCUCAUCAUGGGCAUGAAGUUCUUUCGGGUUAAAAUGUAUCCUGUGGAGGACUUUGAGGCUUCGUUUCAGUUUAUGCAGGAAUGUGCCCAGUAUUUCCUGGAGGUGAAGGAUAAAGACAUAAAGCACGCUCUUGCUGGCCUUUUUGUCGAGAUUCUCAUCCCCGUCGCUGCUGCGGUGAAAAAUGAAGUCAACGUGCCAUGCUUAAAAACCUUUGUGGAGAUGCUCUACCAGACAACAUUUGACCUUAGUUCUAGAAAGAAGCACUCUUUGGCUCUGUAUCCCCUGGUGACAUGCUUGCUGUGUGUCAGUCAGAAGCAGUUCUUUCUCAACAACUGGCACAUCUUCCUGCAAAAUUGCCUCUCACACCUCAAGAAUAAAGACCCAAAGAUGUCCCGUGUUGCACUAGAGUCACUCUACAGACUGCUGUGGGUCUAUAUUAUCAGGAUCAAGUGUGAGAGUAACACUGUCACGCAGAGUCGACUCCUCAGCAUCGUUUCAGCACUUUUUCCCAAAGGCUCGCGCAGUGUGGUACCCAGAGACACCCCCCUAAACAUCUUUGUCAAGAUCAUCCAGUUCAUAGCUCAGGAAAGACUGGACUUUGCUAUGAAGGAGAUUAUCUAUGACCUCCUGUGCGUGGGCAAGUCUCACAAAACCUUUACCAUCAAUCCAGAGAGGAUGAAUAUCGGUUUGCGAGCCUUCUUGGUGAUUGCUGACAGCCUACAGCAGAAAGACGGGGAACCUCCAAUGCCAACUACAGGGAUCAUCAUGCCCUCUGGCAACACCCUGCGUGUCAAAAAGAUCUUCCUCAACACCACCCUCACUGAUGAAGAAGCAAAAGUGAUAGGCAUGUCGCUAUACUACCCGCAAGUACGAAAAGCCUUGGAUAACAUCCUGCGACACCUGGACAAGGAAGUGGGACGCUCCAUGAGCAUGACUAAUGUACAGAUGUCCAACAAGGAGCCUGAGGACAUGAUCACGGGAGAGAGGAAGCCAAAGAUCGAUCUAUUCCGAACGUGUGUGGCCGCCAUCCCACGACUGAUACCAGAUGGCAUGAGCAGACAAGACCUAAUAGAGCUUCUAGCCAAACUAACCAUCCACAUGGAUGAAGAACUGCGUGGCCUUGCCUUUACUACCCUUCAGGCCCUGAUGGUGGAUUUCCCAGAAUGGCGAGAAGACGUACUCUCAGGUUUUGUCUACUUCAUAGUCAGAGAGGUGACUGACGUUCAUCCCACACUGCUGGACAAUGCAGUAAAGAUGCUUCUACAGCUCAUCAUCCAGUGGAAGCAGGCAGUGCAGAGCAGCAAUAAAAGCCACGAUUCACAGAGCUCAAGCAGUGGCCGUUCUCUGUCCUUGGAGCGUAAUCUUCCUUUAGGUGUGCUGCAUGUGGUGGAAGGUUUGGCACUGGUGGUGCUUUGUAGCUGCCGCCCUGCCACGCGCAGGCUAGCAGUCAAUGUCCUCAAGGAGGUCAGAGCUCUCCAUACUGCACUGAGCAUUAGCAAGGGAGAUGAAGAACUGGCUAUUGAUGUAAUGGAUAGAUUAAGUGCAUCGGUGUUGGAGAGCUUCAUUCACCUCACAGGCGCCGACCAGACCAACUUACUGUAUUGUCCCAGUGGGAUUGAUCUGCAGACACUAGCAGAGUGGAGCUCCUCUCCCAUCAGCCACCAGUUUGAUGUAGUGAGCCCCUCGCACAUCUGGGUGUUUGCCCAUGUUACUCAGGGCCAGGACCCCUGGGUCAUCAGCUUAUCCAGCUACCUGAGACAGGAGAAUCUACCUAAACAUUGCCCCACCACCAUCAACUAUGCCUGGAUGUUUGCCUACACCCGCCUGCAACUACUGUCUCCACAAGUUGACAUUAAUAGCCCCAUCAAUGCAAAGAAGGUCAACAGUCUGAACAGCAGUGACUCCUACAUUGGCCUUUGGAGAAACUACCUGAUUCUCUGCUGCAGCUCUGCCUCUCCUUCCCCUUCCAUGUCUUCGUCAUCCUCCACCUCUGGCUCCGUCCGCUGCUCCCCGCCUGAGACGCUGGCGUCCACGCCGGACAGCGGCUACAGUUAUGAUUCAAAGAUUGUUGGCACUCCGUCCCCCUCCUCACUGUUCAAACACAUUGUUCCAAUGAUGCGCUCUGAGAGCAUGGACAUCACAGAGUCUCUUGUGCUGGGGCUUGGCAGGACCAACCCCAUGGUCUUCAGAGAAUUGAUGGAGGAGCUAAAUUCCAUCAUAAAGGAAGCUCUAGAAAGAAGACCUGAAAACAUGAAGCGACGCAGGCGUCGUGACAUCCUCAGGGUCCAGCUGGUCCGGAUUUUUGAGCUACUUGCUGAUGCUGGCGUCAUCAGUCAAGUAGCAAGUGGAGGGUUGGAUUCGGAGAGCCAUUCUCUGAAUAGUACGCUGCUCGAGUAUGUUGAUCUGACCAGGCAAUUGCUCGAGGCUGAGAAUGACAAAGACUCGGACACUCUGAAAGACAUUCGCUGUCACUUCAGCGCACUUGUGGCCAACAUCAUUCAGAAUGUCCCAGUGAACCAGAGGAGGACCAUCUUCCCCCAGCAAUCACUGAGACACAGUCUGUUCAUGUUGUUCAGUCACUGGGCUGGGCCCUUCAGCAUUAUGUUCACACCCCUGGAUCGUUACAGCGACAGAAAUAUCCAGAUCAACCGCCAUCAGUACUGUGCACUAAAGGCCAUGUCUGCAGUCUUAUGUUGUGGCCCUGUAGCUGACAAUGUAGGGCUCUCCUCUGAUGGCUACCUCUACAAGUGGCUGGACAAUAUCCUGGAUUCUCAGGACAAGAAGGUUCACCAGCUGGGUUGUGAGGCUGUAAUGUUGCUACUAGAACUGAAUCCAGACCAGAGCAACCUCAUGUUUUGGGCUGUGGACCGCUGCUACACUGGCUCCCGUCGUGUAGCUGCCGGCUGCUUUAGGGCCAUUGCCAAUGUCUUUCACAACAGGGAUUACCAGUUUGACACUGUGGUGCUGCUCAACCUGAUUCUGUUCAAGGCGGCUGAUUCUUCCAGGGAAAUCUAUGAACUGUCCAUGCAGCUGUUACAGAUCCUGGAGCCCAAGCUUUUCCGUUAUGCCCACAAAUUGGAGAUUCAGCGGACAGAUGGCAUUCUGACCCCUCCCUCACCGCUGCCACACCUCUACUCUGUGUCUUACUACCAGCUGUCUGAGGAGCUUGCAAGGACUUACCCAGAGCUCACUUUGCCCAUCUUCUCAGAGGUGAGUCAGCGUAUCCAGACAGCACAUCCUGGUGGUCGUCAAGUAAUGUUGCACUACCUCCUACCUUGGAUGAAUAAUGUGGAGCUGGUUGACUUCAAACCAACUCCACGACGACCAGAGGACUGCUGCAGUGGCGAGGAUGAUGAGGAUGUGCAAGACCGAGAAGUUAUGAUGGUCAAUAGCCGUCGCUGGCUCCGUGGAGAGGGCUGGGGAUCCCCUCGUGCUACAACCAUGGUGCUAAACAACCUCAUGUUCAUGACUGCUAAGUAUGGCGAUGAGUUUGCCUUGUCAGAGAUCGAGAAUGUCUGGACUACAUUAGCAGAUAGUUGGCCAAAGAACCUCAAAAUCAUUCUUCACUUCCUCAUCAGUAUGUCUGGAGUCAGCAGUGACCCCAGCCUCUUGCCCUAUGUGAAACGAGUGGUGGUUUUCUUGGGCAGAGAUAAGACUAUGCAGCUGCUGGAGGAGUUGAUGUGUGAGCUUGAGUUGACUGAUCCUGUCAGCUCAGCUGUCACUCACAUGGACAACCCCCCUUAUUAUCGCAUCACCUCCAGUUACAAGAUUCCUUCAGUCACCUCAGGAACAACCUCCAGCAGCAAUACCAUGGUGCCAGGAAAUGAUGCUCAUCAUGACAGCAAGAUGAAAGACUCAAACAUGGAUGACAGUUGCACACACCUGGAUAUCUACAGUGGUCUGAACAGCAACCUGAACCGCCACCACCACCGUCUGGAAUCUCGUUACAGCAGCAGCUCUGGAGGCUCCUAUGAAGAUGAGAAGAGUGACUCCAUGCCGCUUUAUGCUAACUGGCGAUUAAAAGUGAUGGAUCACAAUCAGCCAGAGCCUCUUCCCUUCCCACCAACAGGAGGCUGCUGGUCCCCUCUUGUGGACUAUUUGCCAGAGACAAACACGCCUGCUGUACCUCUCCACAGAUGUAACAUUGCAGUCAUCCUACUCACAGACCUCAUUGUUGACCAUGGGGUCAAAGUAGAAUGGAGUGCCUACCUACAACUCCUGCUACACGCAGUUUUCUUAGGUUUAGAUCACCAGCACCCAGAGGUCUAUGAGCACUGCAAACGCCUGCUGCUUCACUUGCUCAUAGUUCAGGGUGCAAAUAGCAGUGUUCAGUCUGUCGCUAUGGUGCUUUUACGCAACAGAGACUUCAAUGAUCCAAGGGUCCUGACUGUGAAGCCUGUAGCUCAAGAGUUCAACCUCACAGGAAUACAGGAGCUUUUGCCAGACUGUCAGCCAUCACCGAUGACAGACUCUGGCCUCAGCUCGAGCUCGACGUCGUCCAGUAUAAGCCUUGGUGCAGGGGUCAGUGCUGUGUCCCACCUCUCUCCCACGCUUCUGAGUGAAGUAGAUGUCACUGUUGAACAUGACGAGAAGGCCAAAGCUCUGAUUGAGUUUAUAACUUCAAGAAAACGCGGUCCGCUCUGGAAUCACGAGGAUGUGUCACCUAAGAACUCCAACAUUAAGAGCGCUGAACAGCUGAGUGCUUUUGUCAGACAUGUGGUGACAGUCUUCAAGCAUUCCCAGACAGGUUUCCAACUGGACUCAUUGCUGAGUGAAGUAGCUCUAAGGUCAGCUCUAUCUUGUUCUUCUCGCCACUAUGCCGGUCGCUCUUUCCAGAUUUUCAGGGCACUCAAACAACCUCUGACUCCUGCCACACUGUCUGACAUUUUGUCUCGGCUGGUUGAGACUGUAGGAGACCCUGGAGAGGAAGCUCAGGGCUUUGUCAUUGAGCUUCUCCUGACGCUGGAGUCUGGCAUUGACACACUAGCAGACACAGUGAAAAACUAUGAUCUCCUCACUGCCUUAGCACAAACCUCCACCCACGACCACUUGUUGGGGGCCAAGUUUGCUGCCAACAGGAAAAGCACAGGCCAGCUGAAUAUGAACAGUAGUGGUCUGUUGCAUUAUGUCCACACUCGCAGUAACUCUCUUCGAGCCAGCCUGAUGAUGGGUGAACGAAAAGCUGACAGGCGUCGGAGUAACACCCUGGACAUUGCUGACCGACUUGGUGGCAGCUAUGCAAACCUGGCUCGCACACGGAGCUUAUCAUCACUAAGCAAAGGAGGUCCGGGAAGUCCAGGAGGGGACUCUGUGCCACCUGUGGACCCUUCAAAUCUGAUGGCCACGGUAUUCUGGAUCGCCGUGUCGUUGCUCGAGUCAGACUACGAGUUUGAGUACUUGCUGGCUCUGCGACUGCUCAACAAGCUGCUGAGCCAGCUGCCCCUGGAUCGUGCGGACAGCCGAGAACGUCUGGAGACGGUCCAAAACAAGCUGAAGUGGUACAACUUCCCUGGUCUGCUGCAACUCUUCCUGAAGGGCUUCACUUCUGCUGCUACUCAGGAGCUAACCAUCCACCUGCUCAGUAAGCUCAUCAGUGUCUCCAGACAGACACUGGUAGACCCUUCACAAGUAGCAGGUUUUCCUCUGAACAUCCUGUGCCUCCUGCCGCAUCUCAUCCAGCACUUUGACAACCCCACUCCUUUCUGUAAGGAGACAGCCGAUAAGAUUGCCAAAGUGUGUGCGGAUGAGAAGUCGGCCACACUGUCUAACCUGGCCCAUAUGAUGAGCCUUUACAGCACACACAGCUACUCGCGCGACUCCACCAACUGGAUCAACGUGGUCUGUCGUUACCUCCAUGAUGCCUUUGCAGAGAAAACUUUGAAUCUGGUCACUUACUUGGCUGAGCUGCUAGAGAAGGGUCUUCCCAGCAUGCAGCAGUCCUUGUUGCAGAUAAUCUAUAGCUUGCUGAGUCAUAUUGACCUGUCAGCAGCUCCUGUCAAACAGUUCAACCUUGAGAUCAUGAAGAUCAUUGGCAAAUAUGUUCAGAGCCCACAUUGGAAAGAGGCCCAAAACAUUUUGAAGUUGGUUGUAUCCCGUUCAGCCAGCCUUGUUGUUCCAGAAGAUGUGCAACGCUCCUACAGUUCUGAGUCCUGCAGCUCACCAGAAAUUGCCUUCACGCGCAUAUUCAACAACUCUUCUAAAGAGCUGCCCGGCAAGACUCUGGACUUCCACUUUGAUAUCUCAGAGACACCAAUAAUCGGGCAUAAAUAUGGUGAUCAGCGCACUGCAGCAGGCAGGAAUGGAAAGCCACAGGUGAUUGCUGUCACAAGAAGUACCUCCUCUACAUCAUCUGGAUCUAAUUCCAAUGGGCUGGUCCAAGUAAGCUGGAAGAGGCCACAACUCUCUCAGAGAAGAACCAGAGAGAGGCUGAUGAAUGUCCUAUCUUUAUGUGGUCCAGAAUCGGGCAUCCCAAAAAAUCCAUCUGUGGUAUUCUCAUCCAAUGAGGACCUGGACUCUACAGACCAGCAGACCAGUCUUAUCCCCACAGUGGAGGAGGCCGUCAGAGAGGAGGAGUUGCAGGGAGAGGAUACAGGCAGUGAGCAGCAGUUUGGAGUCUUUAAGGACUUUGACUUCUUAGAUGUGGAGCUGGAGGAUGCUGAGGGGGAGAGCAUGGACAACUUCAACUGGGGUGUGCGGCGUCGCUCCCUGGAGAGCAUGGACAAAGGGGACACGCCGUCUUUGCAAGAGUGCCAAUACACGGGCAGCACGCCAAGCCUCAACCUCACCAACCACGAGGACACAGACGAAUCGUCUGAGGAGGAGGUAUUGAGCGCUAGCCAGAUUCUCACCCGCUCUGGCCUUCUCAACAGUGAUUCGGCUACGGAUGACACUGCAUCCAACCAUGUGGACUCUUUGCAGCAGUCCCAAGAGUCCUCCAGCAGUGCCAUGACUGAGGAGGCAACUGUCCUGCCCACUUUGCCCUCUGCACCCUCCCUCCCUCGACUGGAUAGUCCCAUGUUGGAGAUGACCCACUCAGACAGCACCAGCAGUCAGCUGCCUGAGGAUGCUAUAAGCAUGACGGCGGCUGACGAGCUGAGCAGCAGCGUGAGCGAGGACACAGGGUUUUGCAGCGCCCCCCCUUUGCCCUCUGACCCACCAGAGAUGUGUGACCUCCCAGACUCACAGGAUGCUCAGGAUCAUCAAGACCCUCAGGAGGACUUGGAUCCGCCCCCCUCCCCGCCGGCCAUAGACACACCACCAGGGUUCCUUUGUGAGGACGAGUCCCAAACAGUGCUGCCUCUUUGUCUGGCAUCCGAGACAAAGCAGGAUGCAGAUCCAGAUCCAGACAGCACCUGUGGGUCUGUGUGGGAAGAAGAUGUGACACAGGCCCUGAAGGAGCUGGAUGAGCGCUGUGAGGAGGAAGAGGCGGACUUCUCUGGAAUGUCCAGCCAAGAUGAAGGUGACGCAGACGGCUUCCCAGAGAUUCAGGCCUCUCCGCCCCCUUCGCCCUUCCUCUCUGCCAUCCUGGCUGCAUUCCAGCCAGUUGCCUAUGACAAUGACGAGGAUGCUUGGCGUUGCCAUGUCAACCAGAUGUUGUCAGACACAGAUGGGUCCUCGGCUGUUUAUACUUUCCACGUGUUUUCCCGACUCUUUCAGAGUAUUCAGAGAAAGUUUGGCUCCAUUACACAUGCAUCUGUUCGCUUUCUCGGGGAAAGGCUCCAACGAAUGGGUAAUCAGUUCCUUAGCUCCUUGGAAGUCAUGACGUCUCGCUCGCAGUGUCCCACUGUGCUGCUGGAUGCAGAGACGCUGGUCUCUUGUGGACUGUUGGAGACUCUGAAGUUUAGUGUGCUGGAGUUGCAGGAACACUUGGACACGUACAACGCCAAGAGAGAGGCAGCAGAGCGUUGGCUCGAGAACUGCAGGAAAACAUUCGGGGACAAAGACAGCAGCCAGCGACCCAAUACUCAUGCACAGGAGCUCGAGUUAUGUCGGAGGCUCUACAAAUUGCACUUUCAGCUGCUGCUGCUGUUCCAGGCCUACUGCAAGCUCAUCAGCAGGGUGGACACCAUCAAGAGAGAGGCCGAGGUUACCAACAUGUCCGAAGAGCUCACUAUCUUAGAGAGCUGCCUGAAGGAGGCGGAAACAGGAAAUGAUGGUCAGGAGGAUGUGUGCAUGUCAGACAAUGCCCAGACGAACACAGAGACAGCCAUACAGUCGCUGAUUGAAACCCUGAGAGCCAGAGACUUCAGCUCUGCUCUCACACAGGUCAAAAUCUUCAGAUCUCUGUGGCCCAACGACAUCUUCGGCAACGAGACGGACGACGCGGUCCAGACUCUUCUACACAUUUACUUCCGUCACCAGACGCUGGGUCAGACAGGCUGCUUGGCGGUCGUAGGCCCCAGCAGAGACCUGUCUCAGGCUAGCAGCCGCCUCAUGGAGCUCAACCUGCAGAUCCGUGAGGCUCUGAGUCAGGCGCAGACCUGCCAGACCCACACCAACAUAGUCAGCACCGGACUGUAAGCCUGAGGCACUGCAGGCUGGACUAGACUGGACAAAAACACCCCUCUCCUCUACACCUCCCCUCAGCUGGAGUGUAGACGGUGAGGGGCGGAGGACAAGAGAGACUCCACCUAUAAAGGGCUAAAGGAUGCGUGGGAAUAACUGUGACUCUUAAUAUAUAUUAUUACAUGUAUGAAUGCUUAAAGCUAAUAUCUUUUCCCAGACUAAGCCAACUCGCAAAAUUCAGUUGCAAUAAGUCAUGUGGUGGCGUGCCUGGGAAAGAAUAAGAGAGGGCGCUGUGGGAUGAGAACUUUUUCGUUGUUGUUGUUGUUCUUUGUUUUUCUCUUUUCGCUGGAUCUGAUCCGAGGGGCCCCGUCUUACCGAACGGAGGCGCUCCUCGGGGUCUGGACUGGGAGUCGGCGUCGCAGCCUGGGAGGCAGUCCAGAGGAGGUGUCAUAUGUGUGAGGACGCACCAUCAAGAUUCAUAAGCAAACUCAGAAAGUCUUUAAGAAACGGAAAAGUUUUCAAACGCAUGCUUGAAAGAGAAAAAGCACUGCAAGAAUAUUUUUUUGAGAAAUGUAUUUUUUAUUAGAGCUAACAUCCUAGGUUGUAAAUGUUAGGAUAUUUAACAUGUUAACCCUGUGGGAGACGUUUACCUUCAGGGAGUGUACAAAGAGAAAUAUAUCUGUUUAUUGAUCUGCUCUGAGAGGGGAGUCCCGUUCAACAGGUCUUCACGCAAAACUCACUCUUUAACCAAAUAAGUAGAUGCCUUUAGAGACUCUUGACUGUGUGAUUAUAUAUUGGAUAUUCUGGUAUACGCUCACACACAAAAAUGCAUAUAAUUGCACACAAGUGCGGACUGGCUACAGCUCAUUAUGGAAACAUAACUUAUUUUACUCUGUAUAUAUUUUAGAAAAUGUAUAGUGUAAAACCAGUAUUUUUUUUUCCCUUGUACUUUUGUGUAAUGCACUGUUCAUCCGAUUAGGAUGUCUGUAUAAAGCUAAUGUGAUGAGAAAGCCAGAAACAGGUUUGAGUCAUUAAUGGUCCGCUCCACCUUUAGUCAUCCAAUCAUACAAAUUUCCCAAAGGCUGCCUUGGUUGAUGGUUGUGGUUUCAAAAGAGGGAAGCGGUGCUCGUUUGGGACAAGCCACCCGUCUGCCUUUGGCGGUGAUGGCAUGGGAGAUCAAAACAAGCCAUCUCCUCUGCUGGACCCCACCAACCCGGCCAAGCCCCACAUCCAUAUGCAUUCCUUGUCUCCACUGUGAUCUUUUUGUUAGCAGCGUAGGCUCUGCUUAAAGCUUUACGAGGGAGGAGGUGAGGUUUGAAUCUGUCCAUGUAGGUUGAUCAUGUUGCAAAGCGGCGCUCAUCCACUGCUGCGUUUUGAUCCUGUUUAUUUAUUUUCUGAGGGGAAGCGGGUGUCUGUACUCUCACAAUGCCCCUACUUGCUGCUGUGACUGCAGGACAUGAACCGUUAUCUGAAUGCUUCUUGGACAGCUUGUCAUGGCACAUUGUAACAGUCACUGUACUCAUUCCUCAGAGCUUCUCUUUUUCUCCUCCUGCUUGUCUGGUACAUAUGAAUGCUGUUCUUAUUUAAUGAUUAUUUACCUGGAAGAUAUUUUAAUGUAGAGCUGCAUUAUACAUUUUUUCCUUGUUCACUCAUACCAGCCUUUUCUGGAUCAAUAAAAACCUUACAGAAUGA